CCCGUCCGCACCGCAGAUUGAGAUCCCAUCGCCGGUCUUUUGCUUCCCCCGCCGCCGCCGCCGCCGCAUUAGCAAAUUAGGGACGACGAUGAUCCGUCGCUUCCUCUACAUGGUCGACAUCUUCGACAAAGCCGGCUACGGCCCUCAACCCUACAGGCUACGCCGCAUCAACCCAUCACAUCUCUUCUUCCCCAAGGAUGCGCUGCCCGUGCCCCAGUCGUCGUCGGCGGCGACGGUGGUGGAGGACCUCCCCCUGCCUCCGACGGAGAUCACCUUCUGCGGGUCGACGGAGUUCAUGCGCAGGAGCGACGACAAGAUCGUCGGCGUCGACCGGACUACUCGCCGCGCCAUCCUCUACGACCCCGCCGAGCACUCCGUCCGCGUCUUGCCCUCCAUGCUAGCGCCCAAAUUCAACACCAAGGCGCUCGCCAUCGGCGACGAUCUCUACCUCAUGGAUAUGACACCUUGGCCUGACAAGGGUGACGACCGUCAGGGUCGACGGUCGGGGCAUUCUUUCGAGGCGCUCAUCCACCGUGACCGACGCCCCCUCAAUGGGGGCAGGCUGGAGGACGAGUGCUACUGGCGGCCCCUGCCGCCGCCUCCGUGCGUGCACGCCGCCGGCUACAGAGGCAGCAGCGGAGAGAUCCGUGGGUACGCGGUGGUCGGCGACGCCCACAUCUUGGUCUCCACCCAGAGCUAUGGCACCUACUCCUUCGCCACGGCCAACACCGCGUGGAGCAAAGCUGGCGACUGGGCGCUGCCCUUCUGCGGCCGCGCCGAGUACGUCCCCGAGCACGGCCUCUGGUUCGGUCUCUCCGCCGCCAACGAUGACGUCUUUGGUGCCUGGGACCUGUCCUCCACCGUCCAGCAGCAGCCAGUGGUGGCGCACCGCGGGUGCAAGGGCUUUGCAGUGCUAGAGACGCCAUACGCCUCAUACGUCGUGCACCUCGGCGACGGCAAAUUGUGCAUCGCUAAGCUGUUCAUGGUCGCGCGCCGCGAGACCUGCAGCGAAUCUUGGUGCGACUUUGACAGGGAUAGAAGGUUUUGCACCAUGCUCACCGGUGUGGAGGUGGUGCGCUGCAACGGCGACAAGCUUCACAUCAUCAAGCACAGGUCGUGCCGUUAUAGCUUUGGUGAACACUACAUCCCCACUUAUGUACUCUAACUAGUAGAGUACUCCUGCUUAUUAGUUACUCCCUCCGUCUAUUAUAUUUUGGGAUGGAGGGAUUAGUCUUUUAAUAAAUCUUAAUUUGGUUAAUCCUGCUGUAUUUUGGGAUGGAGGGAGUAGUGUUUUAGUAAAUCUUGAUUUUGUUAUUCCUGCUGUUUCUGCAAAGCUCUGUAAUUGACAUGCAUGAUUUGAAGGAUGCGAUUUUAGUGUCUCUA